UGACAAUCGUUUCCGAGUGUUCGCACGAGAAAUUGACCUUAAAAUUCGGUUUAAGUUCUCAUAACCUUAAAAAGUUUCGAUGUCUAUUGUUAUCUUUGAGAAAUAAAAUACAAUAAGGAGAAGGGUUUAGGCUCAUCACAGACACCUUUACCAUCAACAGUGGCAACAGUGCCAGCAAGCGACGGCGGGAUAAAGCGCUCCUGACCAGCUUCAAGUUUAAAAUGGACCCACACACCCUUAACCUGUCGCCCAAGUCCCCGACACCGCCCAAACGGAGGUUGGGAUCUAAAGAGAACUCCUCACCUAAUAUUGUUGUUCCAGGCCUUUCGUACGAAAACAGAAUAGAAAGAGACUUCUCACUCACACCGAAACCAUACAAAACAUCAUAUGAGAACAGCCAGAAGUCACCGUUCAACCCGACACCUAGAAAAGUACUUGGCGAACAAAACUCUCCAUUCAACCGAACACCAAGAAAGAUUCUCGGCGAGCUCCAAAAUUCUCCCUUCAACCCGACGCCAAAAAAGGUCCUCAGUGAAGUUCAGAACUCUCUACCGACACCGAGAAAGGUCCUAGGAGAGCUGCAGAACUCCACACCGACUUCAGCACCGAAAGACUUAAGCUCGCUAACUCGUUCUCCACUUUUCAAACUGCUUGAUACCCCGGUGUUGUCUCCGGUGAGCAGCCAGCGUUCCUUCAAGAAGAUUAACAGGAUUUUUGAGGAGCGCAGUCAGUUCAAGAUGGAGAAUAUGGACAAAUUUGAAGAGGAAACUAGGGCUCCGUUCCAGUUUGAACAGGAGAAUUGGACUGCUACUAAGCUGGACUUCAGAGACGUCCUCCAAACGACCUUCAUAGAAGAUUUCAAGACUGAAGACACUUUCGUACCCGAGAAAGAAGAAUUGGACCAAGAAUUCGACACUCUCCACGAUUUAGAAGAAAAAUUCGAUAACGACACAUUCGACCAAUGCAAUAAGUACGAAAUCAUAUCAACGGAUAGCCCGGAUAUCAUAUCCAGAGGCAGGAACCCUUCGAACAGGAAAAUCAAUGGCAGUUUUGUCUUCGGAGCACCGUUAGCUGACACCGAACAGUCUACCUCCUUCAACCGGCCAGCGAGGGCUUUAAACUUCGAAGACAGCUUCGAAUUCCCUUCGCCGGUCAUCAAGAAAAGCUCAAGCUCCGGCUCGGUUAAGAAAUCUCUAAAAUUCAGCGAGACACCGACAAAAGACUCCAUGAAUCGGAUAUUCACUUCAGACAGCACUACUUCGAUGGAGAGCGGAUUUGUCUCCGAAUUCGAUGACCAGUUGUUAGAUAUUGAAGAGUCGAACUCUCCAAAAGUAGCUUAUUUUGACACUUUGCUGUCAGGACAGAUUAUUAAAAAUAAUGUCAUAAGAAGUGGUAAGCAGCCACACUAUAGAAGUAUCCGCAUUAAUCCGGCCCAGAGCAAAGCAAGAGUGUCUCUGCUGUCGAUACUGGAGUCUCCGCAGUCUAUCCUGGAGUCUCCACAGAAGAGGAGUAAGCGAAGUGAGCCAGGGGAAGGGGGGGAGAGUAAGAGGAGGAAGUGUGAGGAAGUCAGGCCGGUGCUGCAGAAAUACUUCUCUGAGAAUAACGCGUUGAUUAUGUCCGCUUUUGACCGAUCGGAUGGGAACCCGGACCUGAUAGGCGAUUUCAGCCAGCCCUUCGCCCUGCCCCUGACCAGGGGCAAUCACUCCGACCUCAAGAGCAUCACGUGUGACACUCUAGCUGGUCUUAUCAGGGGGGACUUUGAGAACAUCACGGAUUUUCAGGUGAUAGACUGCCGUUACCCGUACGAAUUCGAAGGCGGUCACAUCGCCGGCGCACAGAACCUCUACACACCCACACAGAUACUACAACUAGUGCAAGGACCGAGACCCCAGGGCAAGGUCCUGGUCUUCCACUGUGAAUUCUCUUUGGAGAGGGGACCUAAGCUUUCUCGCUUCCUCCGCUCAUCCGACCGCGAGAAGAACAAGGAAAACUACCCCUCCCUCCACUACCCCGAAAUCUACCUCCUCCACGAAGGCUACCGCGCGUUCUACCAGCGACAUCCGGAUCUCUGCUCCCCAGCAGGAUAUACCGCCAUGUUGGAUCCUAAACACAGGGACUUACUGAGGCAACACCGCUCUGUGCAGCAACCGUCAUCUUCUACGCAUUAUAGGAGGAAUAGACUGCUGUUUUAGAGGGUGAAAAGGCUUGGUCUACUGGAAAGACCAAUGGUCUACUUGGAAAGACCGACGGUCUUUUGCCCAAGACAAGCUUUUCUGGAUGUGGUCUACUUGAAAUAACAGAGAUCUAUGGAAAAAGACUUGGUCUACUGGAAAGACCGACAGUCUUUUUUCAAGACAAGCUCUUCUGGAUGUGGUCUACUUGAAAUAAUAGAGAUCUAUGGAAAAAGGCUAUGGUCUACUGAAAAGACCGAUGCCCCACUGAAAUACCUCUCUCUUCCGUGCGAAAGUGAUAGUUGCGUUUCGAGCUACAGUGCGGGAACAAUUGGCAUACUGGCCAUGCGUUCUGGUCCCUAAAGCAUUUCUAAAUUAUUAUAAAAGGUCUGAUUUUAGAUAACUAAGAGCAUGGUCUAUUGGGAAGACUGGUCUACUUGAUCUUUUCAGUAGACCAUGGUCUUUUAAAGACUAAAUUUUGGUAAAAAUACCGCAAUAAGCCUCUAAUAUAACACUAAAUAUAAUUUCUAAUUUGUAAAUACGAAAAAUGCCAUAUUAUUGUUAAAAACUAAGUUUUUAGUACAAAAAUAGGCUUAAAUUAUCCCACCUAUCUUAGUUAUGCCAUAGUUUUAGAUUCAUUCGACUUUGCAAUAUAGUUUUAAUUUAGGAAAAUAAUCGGGGAAAUAUCCACAAACGAAACUUUUCCAUAUUUGUAUAGCCAGGAAAAACAGUAGAAAAUAUGUGGCGCUACCGUCUAAAUGUAGUGCUAAAAGAUUUGCCUUCGUAUUGUUACGGAAACAUACGAACGUGUCAUGCUGUUUCAGUCAGUCUCAGUACAAGAUGUACUGACAUUGACUGAACUAGCAUGACAAAUACGAACGUUUCCGGAAAAAUACGAAGGGAACCUUUUUCGCAUUACAUUUGUAAACCGUUUUGCAUGUCGCAACUAGGGAUGUUACGAAUAUUUGCAUUCGCAUUCGCAUAUGCGAAAGAUUCGCAUUCUUUUAAACAUUUGCAUUGACAUUCGCAUUCGCUUC